AUGUUGCCUUUUGACUGUUUACCAUUGGAGGUAAACAAGAAAAUCGUCUCUUAUGCUGGGAUUGAGAAUUUAAUUCAACUAUUGGUACCCAAAGACCCACAUAUACUUGAUGAGAACUCCAAACUUAGAAAGUGCGUUAAUCAGGUGAUUGAGUUGAGCACGAUCCAAUACAAUGAUCGAAUUUGGAAUCCAGAACAGUUUGAAGACUAUUUUGACCAUGAAACCUUCUACGAUAAAAGAAAAUUACAAUAUCUAAAGACUCCCGAGGACUUCCUUACAUUAUAUGCUUACUGUCUGGAAUAA